CCCUCCGACAGAAAAGAUUGAAUACAUCCAAGCUAUGGUAGGAAAUAAAAUCACGAAAAGCGCGGUUCCUCUUUCCGAACCCAACUUACGGUUCAGAUCUGUUAUUUCUCCUCCCCUCCAGUCGCUCCUAAAUUUCUAUUUAAAGCACGCCUCCCUUUUCUUUGCUUUCAGACCUCUACAGAAAAUUCUCUCUGGUGAUUAUUGAUUUGUCUGCGAACACAUUGUGAUCUGAUCGAUCAUAUCUCUCUCAAAAAUUAAACUCCAAUGUCGACCGAGAAGGAGAGAGAGACUCACGUUUACAUGGCCAAGCUCGCUGAGCAGGCUGAGCGCUAUGAUGAUUAUCUGAAAUCUGUAACAUCUUAAUAUUGACGGAACAGAAAUGGUUGAGAGCAUGAAAAAAGUUGCCAAACUUAAUUGUGAACUGACGGUGGAGGAGAGGAACCUCCUUUCGGUGGGAUACAAAAAUGUAAUUGGGGCUAGGCGAGCUUCUUGGCGGAUUAUGUCUUCAAUUGAGCAGAAGGAAGAAUCUAAAGGAAAUGACAGCAACGUUAAACUGAUCAAGGGUUACUGCCAGAAGGUAGAGGAUGAACUCUCCAAGAUUUGCAAUGACAUCCUGUCCAUCAUUGAUGAGUAUCUCGUCCCCUCUUCUACCUCAGGAGAAGCAACCGUGUUCUACUACAAGAUGAAAGGUGACUACUACCGCUAUCUAGCCGAGUUCAAGACUGAUCAAGAAAGGAAGGAGGCAGCCGAGCUGUCAUUAAAGGGUUACGAGGCUGCUUCUGCCACUGCAAGCACAGAUCUGCCUUCAACCCACCCAAUUCGUCUUGGCCUUGCCCUUAACUUUUCUGUUUUCUACUAUGAGAUCAUGAAUUCUCCUGAGAGGGCCUGCCAUCUAGCCAAGCAAGCUUUUGAUGAGGCAAUUGCAGAGUUGGAUACUUUGAGUGAGGAAUCAUACAAGGACAGCACCUUAAUCAUGCAGUUGUUGAGAGAUAACCUCACUCUCUGGACUUCUGACUUGCCUGAAGAUGGAGGUGAUGAUAACUUCAAAGGUGAAGGAUCAAGGGAAAAGCCUGCCGAAGGAGAGCACUGAGGGAGAGUUAAGAGAACCCUGCACACGGCAAGCGGAUGCUAAACUACUUUGCAGAAGCGGCAUCUCUUUGUUAUCUUUCCUGAAAAAGGGAUUGGAUGGAACAAUCUUGAAAGUUUUUGAUGCCAUAGCUCUUUUUGAAUCCCACCAAAAGCUGAUGAUAAGAAUGAUCAGUUGCUCUUCCUUUUUGUUCCUUUCUUUUAUUUUAAACAGAGAUUUUCGUAUUUUUUAUUAUUGUUAUCAUUCGUUGUUCUUGCAAGCUUCGUAUCAGAAUCGGGGACCUCCUUUGUUUUA